AUGGGAGAAGCUCGGAGGACCCGGCUGCCCUUUGUCUGGAUCCGGGCUCGCUGUCAAGAUCAAGGCGCUCCAGAAUCUGAGCUGGAGAAACGAUGGACUGAACUGUUCGAGCAGCUUGAUGUCAAUAAAGACGGCAAGAUCGACAUCAAUGAACUUCGCAACGGGCUCGCGGCAUGGGGACUCGACCGCAGAACCUCAGCAGAAGAACGAAUAGUGCACAUGAGUGAUACCAAUCAUGAUGGACAGCUGGACUUUCAGGAAUUCACCCAGUAUUUGAGCACUCACGAAAAAGAGCUCAGACUCAUGUUCCACAGUUUGGACAACAACAAUGAUGGUCAUAUAGAUGUAGGGGAAAUCCAGCAGUCUUUGCAAAGUCUGGGUGUUAAAGUGUCACUCGAGCAGGCCUCCAGGAUACUGCAAAGUAUGGAUCGAGAUGGCACAAUGACUAUCAACUGGAACGAAUGGCGAGAUUAUUUCCUGUUUAAUCCAUUCCACAACAUGGAGGAAAUUGCCCACUUUUGGAAGCACUCUUUGAUGCUUGAUAUUGGAGAACACCUGACAGUGCCGGAUGAUUUUUCUGAACGGGAGCGGAAGGCAGGAUUGGUCUGGAGGCAGCUAGUUGCAGGCGCGAUUGCAGGAGCUGUAUCCAGAACUGGAACUGCUCCACUAGACAGGCUCAAGGUUUUCUUACAGGUUCAUGGGUCAGCAGGUGUUAACCUGUGGUACGGACUGCACCGAAUGGUACAGGAGGGGGGUAUCAUAUCCUUAUGGAGGGGCAAUGGCAUAAAUGUUAUCAAAAUUGCUCCUGAGUCUGCAAUCAAGUUUAUGGCAUAUGAACAAAUAAAGUGGCUUAUUCGAGGCACCAAGGAAGGAGGCACACUGAGGGUUCACGAAAGGUUUGUUGCUGGGUCGUUGGCUGGAGCCACUGCUCAGACGAUCAUCUACCCCAUGGAGGUGCUGAAGACGCGUCUUACUUUACGGAAGACAGGACAAUACUCUGGAAUGCUAGACUGUGCCAAGCAGAUUCUGCAUAAGGAAGGGGUGCAAGCCUUCUAUAGGGGCUAUGUACCUAACACACUUGGCAUCAUUCCUUAUGCUGGUAUUGAUCUGGCUGUUUAUGAGACUCUGAAAAAUGCCUGGCUGCAGCGGUACUGUAUGGAUUCAGCUGAUCCUGGUGUUUUGGUGUUGCUUGGCUGUGGCACCGUGUCAAGCACUUGUGGCCAGCUAGCCAGUUACCCAUUGGCUCUUAUCCGUACACGCAUGCAGGCCCAGGCUUCUACAGAGGGUGCUCCAAAGCUAUCCAUGGUGGGCCAGUUCAAGCACAUAGUGACCCAAGAGGGUGUCCCAGGUCUGUACCGUGGCAUUGCCCCCAACUUCCUGAAAGUCAUUCCUGCUGUUAGUAUCUCCUAUGUGGUCUAUGAGCACAUGAAGAAGGUCCUGGGAGUGGAUUCAUAGAAACUGCUAUCACAGAAUGGCAAACAGCAAAUAAAUAUUAGAAACAGUGGGCAUGCCUUAGAAGACUCAAAUGAAGAAUAAACCAAGAUGACUAACAGAACCAUAAGGAGAAGCAAACAGAUCCCUAGGUGAUGAAGCAGAGGAGUAAUGCUCAAAACGUAAUCUACAUUAUAUAUUAUCAUCUGUAGUAUAUUUACAUUGCAAUAGACUGGACGGAUGGCAAUUAAUUUUAAUGGGGUUGUGAUGUGUUACAAACACAUUCCUUAGUCUAUUUUUAAUUGGCAGCUGGAUAAUGGUCAGGUUAAAAAAAAAAGUAAUUACUUAAUCGCCACAGCUUCAUAAUACAGUGCUUAUUUAACAAGCUCAGGUUCUAUAUUUUAAUGAAUAAAACAACAUUUUAUUAUUAACAGUUUAUUAAAGUCAGCUAGG